AUGACGACACCACGGCGUUGAACGUGGUCAGUGGGUCGGCAUUGCCGUAGACCUGCUCCCGGAGGGUCCCGUAACCCACUUUCCCUCCCCGCUGAUCGGCCCUGCUGGCCUACCUGCAGAACUCACCUCGUGACACUGGAAUCGAUAAUUAUUUUAUCAUUAACUUCAAGCUGCCCUGCGGAGUUUCCUGGUAAAGAGUCCGAACUCAUCGUGUCUAACAAAUCCGGUUUACAUCCCGCUGUCGAGUGACGUGAAACCAUCGGUGGGAUCGUGUGUCACGUGACCCGACAUAACCAAAACACGGACCCAGUCUCAGCCCAACAGCUCCGCAGUGCUCGCGGCGGUCGGAAGCUCCACAGGCAACCGUCAAUGUAAAUAUACAGCGAGACGCAGAACAGACGUGGGCCAGAAAAAGAGCUCGGGGGGGGGGGGUCGACAUGAGGAAAGUGCUCACGAUCUCAGCAAGGAAACCGAAAAUGAAAAGAAUCAAAGAGGCGUGCAGACGGCGGCCCGUGUGUCUCAUCGGUUCCGCUGAUUCAGUGACAGACCCCCCCCGUAACUACGCAGUGACGUCAGAGCAAGAGAAGAUGGCGGCUGUGCUGAAGGCGGAAGUGGGGCGGUGCGGGCGGCCGUGCGUUGUAUGAGACUCAUCCUGCAUGGACUCGUCGCCAUGAGCAACAAGGAGAUGGUUUCCACGGAGACAGAGAAUAAAGGACAGAGGAAGGUGUUUCUUCCUAACAAGCUGUUGGAGUGUCUCCCUCGCUCGUCCAGUCUGCCUAACGAGCGGCUGAGGUGGAACACUAACGAGGAGAUUGCUUCUUACCUGAUAUCAUUUGACAGACAUGAUGAGUGGCUCUCCUGCACCCUGAAAACCAGGCCGAAGAACGGCAGCAUCAUCCUGUACAACAGAAAGAAGGUGAAGUACAGGAAGGACGGAUACUGCUGGAAGAAAAGGAAGGAUGGAAAAACGACGAGAGAGGACCACAUGAAGCUGAAGGUCCAGGGCAUGGAGUGCCUGUAUGGUUGCUACGUCCAUUCCUCCAUUGUGCCAACAUUCCACAGAAGAUGCUACUGGCUGCUGCAGAACCCAGACAUUGUGCUGGUCCACUACCUGAACGUGCCGUCCCUGGAGGAUUCUGGGAAAUGCAGUCCGCUGCUGUGUGCGGUUGCCGAUCGUCACGACAGCGUGAGGUGGAGCCGAGACGACCUGCUGAACCAGCUGAAGCCCAUGUUUCACAGUAUGAAGUGUUCGGUGGGUUCAGGUGAUUUCAGUAUUGAGGAGUUGGUUCAACACAUCCUGGACCGACAGAGAACCAAACCACAGCCUCGCACACACACCUGUCUCUGUAACACCGCCCAUGUUUCUUCAGGAGUGAACAUUCCCCACCGCUGUAACAGCACCAAGCAUCGCAUCAUCUCCCCCAAACUGCCCCCCUCCUCCUGCAGACCCUCCCCCUCCCCACUCUCCUCUGAGGCGGGGGAGGCAGGGAGAGGAGGGGGAGGAGGAGGAGGAGGAGGAGGAGAAGCCAAACUGCCUCACAUCCAGGCUCAGAGCAGCCCCGCCUCGUCUCCCUGCCCCUCCUCCACCUCGGCCUCAUCUCCCCCUCAGCCCCACAGAGCCACCAUCACCAUGGGUAACCACGGUAAUGGCUUCUACGGCGACCGCCGCGGCAACCUGACGACAGUGGCGCUGCCCCAGAACGCUGUGAUCGUCAUGGCGACGACCACCGCAAUCGCAGGGGGAAGGGGGCAUGGGGGAGGAGGGGGAGCCGUAGCCAGAGGGGAGGAGGCGGGACAGAGGAGGAGCCUGUCACUCACCCAGUCCGGCCAGUUACUGCUCUCCCCCGCCCUCCCCCCACCUGCCGGCAAGCCCGCCUCCCCCUCCCCUCCCUCUUCCUCCUCACCCGCUCCCUCCUCCGCCCCUCCACAUCCCGUUCCGGCUCCAGGGGUUGCCACCCUUUCCCUCACCCUUCUCCCCUCUCCUGUAAUUGGAGGCCUGCUCCUCACCCCCUCAUCCUCUAACAGCUCGUCCUCCUCCGCCUCCCUCUGCUCCCCUCCUCCUCCUGCCGCCACCUCCCCCCCUUCUCCCCCCUCCUCCCCUUCGCCACCCCGGCCUCCUCCAUCACUCCCCCCUGCCUUUGACCCCGACUCCUUCCUAAACUCCCCCAAACAGGGCCAGACGUACGGCGGCCCUCCUCCUCCCUCCUCCUCCACUCCCUCACCUGUCCUGUGCUCCUCCUCCCCUCUGUCACCCCCCUCCCUUGCUCUUUCCCUCUCCCCCACAUCAACUCCUCCCUCUUCCGUCUCCCCACCCUCCUCGCUGUCCUCCCUCUCCUCCUCCUCCUCCUCCGAGGCGGACAGGAGAGACUCAGCCCUGCCCCGCUCCUCCUCCUCAUCCUCCUCCCUGUCUUCGUCCUCCCUUCCUCCCUCCCUCUCCCUCUCCCUGUCUCCCACCUCCUCUGUGGCCCCACCCUUCCUCCCUCUCUGCCUGGAGUUGGGAAAUCUGGGGGAGUCGGAGGGAGGGGAGGAUGAGGAGGAGGCAGGGGGAGAGGAAGAGGAGAUGAAGGACAGGAGAGAUGGCGGUGGUGGUGGUGGUGGUGGUGAUGAUGAUGAUGAUGAUGAAGGCAGCGCUCCACCUACCAAGUUGGCUCUGCUUCAGCCGAGCCACGCCUCCUCUGCCUCGUCGCCACAGCAACAGACAGGAAGUAGCGUUGCUUCACUGCUCCUAGUUUGCCAAGACUCGGGAACCCAUCCAACCCAGCCAGCCAAUCAGACGCAGCGACAUGCUGACGGACAGCUGCCAUUGGUCCUGAGACGGCCCUAUAAUCACCUGUCUGCGCCUGAAGCCCCGACCCCGGCUCAGAUAUCCCAUCAGCCACUUGUGCUUCAGCAUUCGUCGCUUUUUGCCAAUGCUAAAGUUAAUGUGGUGUCCACCCCUGCCGCUGUUGCCAUGGCUACAGCUCACCCGGCGACACCCUCGAUACAGGUGAAGGAGGAGAGCAGGCGGGGCUACGACUUCUCGGACACGUGCAUGGACACACACCUGGAAGAGGAGGAGGAGCCCUGCGAAAGGGGAGGGGAGGAGCUUGACAUCUCCUUCGACAGCCAGUUUCCUGACCUCAUCUCUGACCUCAUCACCGAGGAGGCCAAUCCCGUCGCAGCACAACGUGUCCCUGCUGCCGCCGCGCUAAUCCCGGCCGCGUUCCCUGCGGGGGUCCGAUACAUGGUGCCCCCCCAGCCCUCACCCUCCUCCUCCUUCCUCCCCUUCCCUCACCCGCUGCCCUCCUCCUCCUCCACCCGCCUCGCCUCCAUCACUGACUUCUCCCCAGAGUGGUCCUACCCUGAGGGGGGUGUGAAGGUGUUGAUAACAGGACCGUGGAGCGAGCUGGCGGGUCGUUACUCAUGUGUUUUCGAUCAGAGCACCGUCCCUGCAUCGCUGAUCCAGCCUGGAGUACUGCGCUGCUACUGCCCCGCCCACGAGGCCGGUCUGGUGUGUCUGCAGGUUCUGGACUCUGGAGGUUCGGUGUCUUCCUCAGUUCUGUUCGAGUACCGAGCGAGGAACGCCAGCUCUCUCCCCAGCUCUCAGCUCGACUGGCUCUCACUAGACGAUAAUCAGUUCAGGAUGUCCAUCCUGGAGCGACUGGAGCAGAUGGAGCGCAGGAUGGCAGAGAUGGCCGCCCGCGACAACAACCAGCAGCAACAACCACAACAGCAACAUCAGCAGCAGCACAGCAACCAGCUGGCAACACCCCCUCCUCCACCCCUACCUGAGGACCGCGAACAGUCCUCUCAGUGGUUCGAGAGGAGAAUAGUGGGAGUGUGUGAGCGAAUGAUGAGGGUAGGACGAUGGGGAGGAGGAGGAGGAGGAGGAGAAAGGCUUCAUCACUCCGUCCGUCACCGUGGGAUGACACUGCUGCACCUGGCUGCUGCACAGGGAUACACACACCUGAUACACACUCUGAUCCACUGGAGGAGUGUCAACGGCGACAGUUUGGACUUGGAACAGGAAGUGGAUCCACUUAACGUCGACCACUUCUCCUGCACCCCGCUGAUGUGGGCGUGUGCUCUGGGCCACCAGAGGGCAGCAGAGCUCCUUUACAUCUGGAACAGUCUGGCUCUGGGGAUCCCGGAUUCGCUGGGACGCCUGCCGCUCGCCGUUGCUCGCUCCCGAGGACACACCCGCCUUGCCACGGCACUGGAGGAACUGCACACGCAGAACACGCAUACACACGUGACGCCCAGGGACCCGCACACGUCUCCAGUGGACACGCACACACCGGCUACGCCGCAACCGCAGCUGCCCCUGUCUCCUCUGUCCACCAGCCCAGACACGGGUCUGAGCUCUUCCAGCAGCCUCCCCUCUCCCAGCGACCCCUCCUCCCCUUCCCCGAGCUCCGCGUACUCCAGUGGCCCCGCCCCCAUGGACACCUGCCCUUCCUCCCCCUCCUCUCCUUCCUCCCCCUCUUCCUCACUGCCAGUCUCCCCUCCUUCUGCUGCCUCCCUCCCCCUCCCAUCCCUUCCUCCUUUGUGCAUGUGGGGGGAGGAGCCAAACGCUGUCUUCAGCACAGGUUUGAACCCCGGAGGUUCCAGAGACUCUCCUCUUUACCUCAUGGACUAUGAGACUGCCUCCCCCAGCCACACACACUCUUACGCCCAUGCACAAGCACACACGGUGGGUGGGCGGCGGUCGCACACGACGGCAGCGACGCUGGAGGAGCAGCUGCUGAGCUACAACGAGAACGCCGAGAACGAAGGCGAGGAAGAGGAGUACCUGGAGGAGGAGGUGCUGCAGGUUGACAUGGCAACGCUGGCAGAGCAAAUUAUCGAGGCGACCCCGGAGCGAAUCAAACAGGAGGACUUCCCCAGGGGGCCGGAGCCACCGCUCAGAGAGAGGAGGGACAACCCAGCCAUACAGGACACCUGGCUGGCUACCUACCUGGAUACGGUGGACGCCCACACACAGUCCCCUCCCAGGCGGGUUUGCCCCCCCUCACCCCUCAGUGCACUGGCCCUCCAGAGGCUACGCCCCCCAUCUUCGGCGGCGUGGGCAGAGUUCCUGAACGCUUCAGCCAAUGGGAAGAUGGAGAGGGACUUUGCCCUGCUGACGCUGACGGACGGCGAGCAGAGGGAGCUGUACGAGGCUGCCAGGAUCAUCCAGAACGCCUUCAGGAGAUACAAGGGUCGGAGGUUAAAGGAGCAGCAGGACAUGGCUGCAGCCGUCAUUCAGAGAUGCUACAGGAAAUACAAACAGUACGCGCUCUACAAGAAGAUGACUCAGGCGGCCAUCUUGAUCCAGUCCAAGUUCAGGUCCUACUACGAGCAGAAGCGUUUCCAGCAGAGCCGGCGCGCGGCCGUCCUCAUCCAGCAGUACUAUCGCAGCUACAAGGAGUACGAGAGGCUCAAACAGGCUCCGCGAGGCGCCGCCAGCCACAACCCCAAGAUCAAGGGGUCGUUCUUGACAAAGAAACAGGACCAGGCAGCCAGGAAGAUCAUGAGGUUUCUGAGGCGCUGCAGACACAGGAUAAAAGAGCUGAAGCAGACGAGGGAGCUGGAGAGGAGAGGACUGACCACUUAAAUCGUUUCACCACCUCUACAUUUCAUCCCUUCUUCCAUCUCCUGGGGGGACAAAUACAGAGGACGGGAGGAGAGAGGGAUUUAAAAUCCCGUCGUCUUCAGCAGGUUUACUCUGAUGUACGAAGGGACAGAAACCAAACAAAGAAAUGAAACGACUGAUGGAGAGAAGGACAGAGUGACGGAGCGAGGCCUUACCCCACGCCAACUCUUUUUCUUCCUUCUAUUCCUCUGCCUGUCUGUCUAUCUAUCUCUAUCUGUCUCCCUAUCUCUCUGUCUGUCUCUCUGUCUGUCUGCGGCUCUAAAAAGCUCCAUUGGAAAACGUCUCGCCCUCCUUUUGCCUUACAGGCACGAGAAACGGGGUUUUUUUACCCUGAGCAAAGCCUCGCCGGAAGCAGAACCCGAAGUCUUUCUCUGCACCGAAUUCGGACUCGAGCAGUCGCAGUUCAGCGCCGCGGUCCAAACUUUGGAGGAUGUGAGGACGCUGUACGAUCAGUCCGCCACCCUGCUAACGCUACGAGCUCAGCUUGGCUCUGGUGCUAACGCACGAAUACACACUUUCUCGUCUGGAUACCGGUCUCGAUAAGACUGCGGGUAAUUUGGACUGAACGUGUCUAGGUGUGGACUGCGGAGGUUCCGCAACGACACCGGGACGCAGCCCGAGAAAGGUUUAACUCUUAUCUCUCCCGGGAGGCGAGGCUCAGGGCAAAACAAACCCUCCUUCCCAUAAUGCACUGCUGUUUACCUGCGAAGGUGAGGGGAUGAGGACCGACGGCAUCGUGCGUCGGAGGGUCGGCUGAACAGAUCAGAUUCAGACCUGAAAGGAAGACGGGAGCCUGAAAGUUUCAGAUGCGAACUGAGCUCUUCAUGUGGAGUCGACAAACUGUUUACUUCGAAAUGUACAUGAAUAUAACAAAGCUACGUACAAAUAUAUUUAAACACAAUCACAUAUAUAAACGUAUAUAUUCUAAAGUUUGAAUUUAUAGAUGCUAUGGAUGUUUUAUUUAUUACAGCAUGAACCGUUCAUGUGAGCGUGUGAGCGUAUGAGUGUGUGCGCUGCACAGGUCUAGUCUUAAGGACCCCCCAUGACCUCUGACCUCUGGUUUCUAGACAGACUAAACAGUCAGAAACGAGAAGAUGUCCCUAUAGGAAGCAAAAAGCGGCUGCAGAACUUCAUUCAGAAUCUUCCUGUUUUUAGGUUUCCUCCAGUGUCAAUAAAUAUGAGAAGCUGCUACUUACGUUUUCUAUUGGAUCUUUACUAAUAACGAGACCGAGGAGCGAGAGAAGGUUUGAUGACCGUUACCGUCGGAGUCGAAUGAGUCCAGAGCUUUUUCGAACCCGGAACCCAGUCGUCCUGUCAGGCCUACAAACCAACACUUCGCCUUGUCGGGACUGAGACCCGAAGACUUCAUUUGCGCAAAAGUUUUGAGUCUGAAUUUGAGAACGGGUUCUUUUAUUUUUCAUCCCGCCAUUGAGCAAACGCGUUACGAUGUUUUAACAACAACAAGGAGCCGCAGGACAAAUCGACCCCGUUGUCACAACAGGAAACAUACGACGGCCUUGUAUUUCGUUUUUUGUGGCGACAUCACAUCUGUGCUGAUGAUGUCAGAGGUCAGACCGGGGUUCCCUCCAAACCGUAUUUUGAAAUCCGGCAACUUUUCAGGGCGGCGUUGACGGACGCCGCCGCGGAGCAACGAGUUGCUCCAGAAAUCCCUGCAACUCUGCUGCUGCUGCACGAGUCCCUCUGUUUUUAUACACGUGCUUUUCUUAGGCGGGCGCUGAGUGAUGCUGCGUUGUCGCGGCAACCGCGGCGUCCAGGACCGAGCGUGAGCUUUCUUUAUAUCCAGGUGGGUUUGACCGGAAACGGGAAAAUCUCCGGUUCUUCUUCUUCGGCUGUUGCAGUGAAGCUUUGCAUGAGUUUGUAUUUAAUUGUUCUGCGUUUCAAAACCUUUCAAAUGAAAAAUUAACAUUAUUCUGCAAGUCAGAUGAAUAAAGCAGCUGUUUGCUAUUA